CCGAAGACUACAACUCCCAUCAUCCCUGGAUGGGGCUGGUGGGAGUUGAGAGUCCAGCAAACACUCGGGAGGGACCGGCAGGAUCCCCAUCUCUGAACGAGACCACCCGCUGCCUUUCCUCCACCACAAAACUCUCUUGGCAUCUUCUAAUGCAAGGACUCUAGCUUCCACCACGCGUGUGGUGGCGUUGACUCAGGCUUCCCACUGCAUCUGUGGCUCCAGCCAAGUCAGAUGGAGAAUUCGGACGACAGGACUGAGGUGGUGCUCCUGGCCUGCGGGUCCUUUAACCCCAUCACCAACAUGCACCUCCGACUCUUCGAACUGGCAAGAGACCACCUGCACGAAACAGGGAGAUACAAAGUGGUGAAAGGGAUCAUUUCACCUGUGGGCGAUGCAUACAAGAAGAAAGGCCUCAUCAGCGCAAGACACCGAGUGACUAUGGCGAGGCUCGCGACGGAGAGCUCUGACUGGGUGGAAGUGGAUGACUGGGAGAGCAACCAAAAGGAGUGGCAAGAGACCAUCAAAGUCCUCAGGUAUCACCAGCAGAAGCUGAAACGUUCGUGUCUCGCUAACAGCUUUGAUGAAGUAGCUCCUUUGAACAAAAUGGGGCGGAAGAGAAAACGGGAAUCGGGCAGGCAAGUCCCCAUCAGCCGGAAUCAACCCCUAACAAAAGGUGUCCCCCCUCAGCUGAAGUUGCUCUGUGGGACAGACAUCUUGGAGUCCUUUGCAGUCCCCAACCUCUGGAAAGCAGAAGACAUUGUGGAAAUCGUGGCCAACCACGGCAUGGUGUGUAUUAGCAGGGUGGGAAAUGACGCCCAGAAAUUCAUCUACGAAUCCGAGGUGCUGUGGAAGCACAAGGAGAGCAUCCACGUAGUGCAGGAGUGGAUUGCCAAUGACAUCUCUGCCACCAAGAUCCGGAGAGCCUUGCGGAGGGGCCAGAGCAUCCGAUACCUGGUGCCAGACGCAGUUCGAGCUUACAUCAAGCAGCACGACCUGUACACUGCAGAGAGUGAAGAUCAGAAUUCAGGAGUCAUCCUCGCUCCGUUUCAGAGAUACAUGAGGGAGGCCAAAAAUAAUUGAAGGCGUGGUGGCGGGGCUGGUCCAUAUGGGCAGGUGGGGUGCUGGCCUGCCAGCUUCAGUCUUGAUUCCUCCAAACCCCUCCUUGCUAUAGAGUUCCUGGCUGUCACAUUCCUCCUCUUUAGUUUCAGUGAUGCCCCUUGUAGAACACAACAGCAAGGAGGAUGAAAGCAACAUUGGAGUGAGUUGGCUCUGCCUGUCAUUGGCUGUGGCUCAGCCUAUCAUUGGCUCUGCCUCCACUCAUCGCUGGAUGGCAUCACUGAGACUACCUUACGCCCCACCAGUCCCAAUGGGCACUAGCCCCCAUUGAAUUUGAACAAUCCAUCUUUAGAUGGGAGAGGGAGGAGAGAGAGGGAGAGUUUUAUCAGCUUGGAGUUUUAUUAGUGUGUUUUAUCAGCUUAGCAUUGUCACAGCCCCCAAAGCCAUCCCCAUGCAUGCCAGGGACUGGGGCCUUAUGUAGUUGCCAGAUGAUGUGUCAAAAUCACACACACACAGACACACACAGCUUCUCAGCCUUUCUCAGCAUCUUCAUCGGUGGAAACCAGCAAGUGAUUUUUUUCAUGGCACAAUUGCCUGAGAGUGCCCAUGGGUUGAGCUGAGGAUCUGGCUGCUGGUCAAGAGGUUGGCAACCAACCCAACUAUGUGAACCUGAAUCCCAAGCAUUGCAGAGUCUUCUAUUUAAACACACGAACAACAGGCCUGAUUGUAAUGCACCAGCACUUCUCUUCUUUAGGAGAGGCCUGCAGAACUUUGGGCACUGAGGUUGGACAGAACCCUUCUGUUCUUUGCUGUCCCAGGCAGGCAGCGAGACUGGGAGGUUUUUUUGAGCCCACCAUGAGCCAGUAUAUACAACACACGGUGUAUCACCACCUGGGUGGACCAGGAGUUGUUCAGGUCUGUUCUGCUGUCCCCUUGAGCUGCUAAGCACCAUUGUGCAGCCUCUGGCCUCCCACAGAGGUAAAAUCUGCAGAACAACUGUGACUAAAGGGUGGAAUGGACACACCCACAUCUGAUUGAAAUCUGGCAUCUUGGCAACAAGAGUUGAAUGCUUGCUUUAUUACUUUGAAUUUCUUUGAUUCUAAGAAUAUGUGAUUGACUACUCUUCCUGUGUGCAAACUGGUCACAUAGCCCUUGUCCACUCUAGAUGCCACCUAGAAUUUGAAGUGCCUUGCAGGUUCAUCAGCUCCUACAUUUCACAGAGUGGCAUUCUCCUCCUCUUGUUCGUUUGACCCCUGCCCCUCCUUUCCCAACUGUGGUUGCAGACUCCGUUUUGCAGGUAACAAUGAUGACUGUGAACUGAAUGUAUCACACUGAGCCUGGUGGUCAGAAUUACAUUUCCACCAGUUUUAAUCCUAACCAUGGUUAGCUCAAACCAGAGUUUGCACACCCAGUUCCAACCUAGCUGCAGACUCUGAAUUGCAGAUAGCUAUGGUAAGCUAUCAAUGCACAGGUAACUAUGGCUGGCUCCCAAAGGAAACAGAUAAGGGAAUAUGUGAUGAACAGAGGAAAAGCAGGAACCAAGAGGAGGUUUUCCGUCUCCUCUCCAGUUUUCCUCUACAUGAAUGCAUAUUGGGAAACGCUUUUCACAGAAAGACUGCAUGCCUUUGAAUCUUUUAGCUCUGUUGGUUCAGAGCCGCCAACAGAAAAGAAAAGAAAAAUCAACAAAGCUUUGGUCCUCUUAAACUUCCAUGACUCACACAUCAAUUGAACAGAAUUUUUGUGCAUUUCCCCCCAGCACUGUCAUGUGAUUCAAGAAAUAAACUAUAGGGGCUAUUAAAAGAGAUCUCAAAAGAUGUUGUAGCAUAUACCACCGCCACCCUGAGGUGAUGUUAUUAAAUGAUACUGGGAUUUGCAUGAAGAAAGAACAUAGAAUAUUAGUAAUUUAAUUUAGCUGGAGCAAGAAUGUUCCUUGUAAAAACAAGAGGAGAAGAACAACAACAGGAAAAGGAAAAACUGUGACAAUGUGUUAGCAACCUGCAAUUACUGCCGUUCAACAAAGCAAUCACAAGGCGAUAAUGCAUUUAUUGUAUGUUAUAUUUUGUAAGAUUGGGGAGAAUGAUCACAUACUAGAGAAAGAACAACGCACAAGAAAACCUACAAAGGCUAUCAGUGUUGUUAUGUUUCACAUAAUGGGUGUAACAGAUGAGGCUUUGUCUUUAUUCAGUUACUGAAUGUUCUUGUAUAUCGUGUGUGUACAAAUACCCGUUUCAAUUUUUGGUGACUUUCUUCUUUACAAUUAUUAUUUUUAAAAUGAAUAAUUAACAGGAACAGAACAGGGUCAAGAGUUUUUUGUUUACGGUCAGCUUUCAUUGCAAAAUUGCACUUUGCCCUCUCCACAGCUGCACAACCAACUCUUUAAAAUCAUAAUGCUGUAGUGUGAGAGCGUUUGUGUGUGUGCCCCUGCACUUUACCUCUGCAACGCUAGAGAGGCGCUGUGCAUGAGCCAGGAGAUCAACAUGUGAUAUUUUGAUAACUUCCUUACUCAACAAGUUUAGAAUAUUACAAUAAAAUCAGUAUGACGAAAUCA